UCGACAUUUGUGUGUUUUGGUUUUCUCCUCUGGGGAAUGGCUACCAAGGGCUAUGGAGAUCGCUGGAUUCUCCCAUUCCUGCGUAGGAAUCUUGAGAGAUCUGAGAUGGCUAUAGAACCCACAGAGUGGCAGGGACGACAACGAUUCCUUCUGAAUCUGCUACUCCAAGUCCACAAGCCCCUGCUUCAUGAGGAUCUGAUAGAAAUGGGAAGUCAACUUAACGAAGAUCCGAGGGAGUACGAAGAAGGCUCCUGGCCAAAGGUAAAGGAUUUUCUGGAGAGCGUUCAUGGAAAUAAAAUCCCUCGCCCCUUUGCCAUCUUCAGCCAAUUGGACGAGGAGAUGCCCCAGUUGCUUUUGGGAGUAUAUCACUUUCUGUCUCUGGCCAAGGACUGGUCGUCCUUUCAGCGAAAUGCCUGCUUUGCCAGGAUUCACUUUCAUCCAGUGCUCUAUGUCAAUGCCCUGCAGAUGGCGAUGAGCAAGAGAAAGGAUACCCAGGAUCUGAGAUUGCCGGCCAUGUAUGAGGUGCUGCCGCAGCUGUAUUUUGAGAAGGAGGUGAUCCUGGCGGCCCAGGAAGUAGCCUGGCAUCAACUGACGCCAGUUCGGCUGGUGACUCCCAAACGACGAUGGAAGGACAUCCUUCUGGGACCUGCUCGCAUAUCCCUGCCCCCUAACGAGGAAGCCUUGUCGCCAGAUCCUUUGGUGAUCGACAACAGUAGGAAGAUGGCCCAUGUGAGUUUGGAUCUGGAACUGAACUCCUACUGGAAUAGUCUCAUAAAUCGCCUGGUUCUGACCACUGAAGAGGAGAAACAGCGGGCGAAGGAAAACAUCAUCAUAGAUGGCGAUCGCUUAGUGGCCUUUCGAGGACCUCAAGAUGAAGUCGAUUUUCGUAGGAAGCUUGUGAUGAUAACCAAUCCUGGAUUCCUCUACAGUCUCCAGCAAUUUAUGAGUGUCUUGUCUCUGGAAGAUCUUGCCACUGGGGAAAAAUCAAUGGAAAUCAUUGAUCCACCCCUGGUAACCACUGGAGGAGUUCCCUAUAAAUCCACAAACUUGGAUAUAGAUGCUAUUGAAAGUGUUUUAGAUUUGACCAUACAGGACCUUAAGAGUCAGAUUGAUAGUGCCAUCAAAUGGAAUGAUAAUGAAUCUGAGAAGGUUAUUAUAGCCAAUCGGGUUAUAAGUAAUAACUAUCUCCAGACUUGCCGGCAAUUGAGCUUGGCCAUUAAUGGUUACAGGUUAAAUGAGCCAAGUAUGUUAUCCCUGGCCACCGCUAAUCUAAGAGAUCCAAUCUACAGAUCCUUGCUGAAUCGAUUGAAUCAGUUAUUAGUCUCCUUCGAAAAGAUAAACACGCCCUCCGAAGGGGAUUACAAUCCAUAUAACCCAGAAAUAACCGAUGUUGACGUGGGCUACCUCUCCACAUUUGAGGAAACCUUCGACACCGAUCUCAUCAAUCUGAUUGACCAGCAGCUUCUUCAAUCUCGGCGAAAUAAUUUGCAGUUCCUGCGACGUCAUCUGGUGGCCCGGCAAAGGCGCCUUAAUCAUGAUCCUUUCGACAUCAACCUGGAUAUUACAUCUCCUGCAGAAAUGACCCUCCAGUUGGUAGUAUAUCUAACUCUUCCAAAUGAAAGUAGAGAGUCGGGCUUCCAACUACACACCACCUCGUGCUCCUUGAAGAAGGGUUUCAAUAAAAUCCAUCUUCACUUUCCAACGGCCUUGAAGGAACCCUCCCUAAGUGAACUCUAUGAGGCAGAGUAUCCUAAAACACAAAGAGACAAAUCCAUACGUUUUCCCGCACAUCUUCAAUUGCCCAGAGGAACUAUCGAAGGUCUCCCACUCCAAAUGGUGGUGGAACUGGCAGCAAGGACUUCCCUUGAGCAGGAGUUCAGUGAUGUGUCUGCCCCCGUCCUUGCGAAAACUAUGAAGGAUGUGCUAAUCUUCCAUCAACAGACCCAAAACUAUUAAGCGAUAAUAUAUGCUAAAAUGUCUAAACUCUUAAUUGAGUUUUAGUUUUGUGGAGAA